GAUAGUGUUCAUAUUUCGUUCAACACAUACACUCUAAGAAACAUGGCCUUGCCUACUGUUUUCCUCGCUUCUUCUCUAUGCAUCCCACAAACCCAAAACAGGCCCUUGAGUGUCCCAAAGUCACACUCAGUACUGUCCCCAGCGACGUCGUCGCUGAUUCUGCCGCCCCAAGCGACAAAGAAAUUCCAUUUCCAGGACCAACCCCUGAAAUCCAGUAGGUCGGUUGGCACAGUGAAGGCAUUGCAGAGUGAUGAGAAUGGCAGAGUUUAUAAGAAUGUGGAAGUGUUCUCGUGGGAGCAUCUUCAUGAAUCUCUGGCUCAUGAUGUCGUUGAACUCUCCCGACAGGCCAUCGACGAUAAAGGAUCCUUCACGGUUGCCCUGGCCGAUACCUCUUCCAUCAGAUUCCUCAGCAAUCUGGUGAAAUCUGAAUACAGCAACAGAAUAGAUUGGUCCAAAUGGCAGUUUUUUUUGGGUGGAAGAGGAAGUGUUCUUGCCGAGUUAUACGUUAAGGAAAACGCGAUUUUUCCCCAACGAGAUCCUCCACAGGGUCGCCUACGAAGAAUUUCUCUCCAUGCUAAGGAAGAAGCAGCCGAACGUUACUCGAGGAACCUCAGAGAGUGGACUGAAAGAGGAUAUUUAAGAUCCGCGGCAUCGGGCCAUCCUAAGUUCGACCUGAUGUUGCUGGGCAUGGAGGCAGACGGACGCGUGGGUUCUCUGAUCCCCAACAAUCCGUUUCUUGAUGAGAGGGACAGCAAUGGUGUGACUGGUGAAGAUAAUGCUAAUGCAGUUUAUUCUGCUCUCAAUGAAGAAAUUGAUCCACAGGCUCCUCGCAAGAUUCCUGCUAAAUUCAUCUCACCUCUGGACGGACAACUCGCGUGGUACUUGGAUAGACCUGCUGCUUCGAGGCUCUUCAAGCAAGAGCUCCACGUCGACAAACGCUUUUAA